AUGGCGCUUAACCUCGAGAAACAGCUGCUCUUCGUACGCAUUCACAGCGAAUCCCCAGACGAACAACGGCUGACUGUGAUAUACACCGCACAAGAGUCACUGACAGCGCAGGUCAACGUCGCAAUUCACGUCACUUGCGUCCCGAUUCUAUUGUUUACCGGCAUCAUCCUCGUACGUGAACCUCGACUAAGCCUCAAAUCUCAACAAGUUAUUACGAACAGGACAUACAUACUAACAGUGAUCUACCCGAAGGCUUGUAACUGCCCACCCCUCUUCAGUUUGCCGGACGCUCUCCAAAUCGAAUACCUGCCCGCAAAUGCCGGAACAAUCGGCGCCCUCAUUUACGCCACAUUUUAUGUGCUCUUAGAGCCUAUCGCCGGUGGCCUCUUCGCGCCUGCCGUGAUCGCGGCUGCAUAUUACGGAAACUACUUCCUCAGCACCUACGGUACCAUCGUGAACUACUGGGCCGGGGGCAUCCACGUCGUGUCGUGGUUGGCACAGUUUGUCGGACACGGCGCAUUUGAGAAGCGUGCCCCUGCAUUGCUGGAUAACCUUGUUCAAGCUUUGUUACUUGCGCCGCUAUUUGUGUGGAUGGAGAUCCUGUUCUUCUUCGGCUAUCGCCCGGAACUCAAGGAGCGUUUCGAGAAAGGCGUUGAGCUUGAGAUUCUGAAGUUCCGGAACCAGGGGAAGACUGAUGGUAAAGGCCAGGCGACGCAAUGA